AUGGAAGAAGGCUGGGACUUCGACUCCGCCCCUCCGUCAUUCAAACAAGUCCAACCGAUCCUUCUAACCCUCUUCUCCAUCUCCGGCACAGGCUGGCUCCUAAACUACAUCACGACAAUCCGCACCGCAUACCGCGGCCGCACCCCAGGCGUGUCCCUGGUAGCCCUCACAAACAAUCUAGCGUGGGAACUCGUCUUUGCGAUCCUGCACCCGCCCCCGCUGCCAGUUGCGAAAGUCAUACUGCGUUCGUGGCUGUUUGUUGAUAUCUUUGUUAUAUAUACCACGGCCAAGUUUGCGGGAGCCUCGUCGGUUAACUCGAAGUCUAAGGCACCACUUCUCCAGAGAUAUCUGCACCUCUUUGUGCUCGCCGGGGUCUUGGGGUUCUUCUCUGGCCACUGGGCGCUCUCGGUGCUGCUUAGCCCGAUCAAGGCGUUUUACUGGAGCGGGAUGAUGUGUCUGGUGGUGAUGAGUGGGAGUGCGUUGGGGAUUUUGGUCCAGAGGGGGCACACGCGUGGGAUGUCGUAUGGGAUGUGGCUCUCACGGUUCAUUGGGUCGAUCUUCGCGGUGGCGAGUUUGUUUCUGCGGUCGACGUACUGGCCGCAGGUAUGGGGGUGGUCGGACAAUAUCCUGAUGCGGUGGUUUUCUGGGGCAUUUUUUGUGCUGGAUGCCCUGUAUGGUGUUUGCUUUUGGUAUACGAGGCGGAUUGAACAGAGACAGAGAGAGAAGACGGCGUGA